UGGCGCUCCAGCAGCGGAGCGUCUCCUCCCGACCGGAAACUAAAAGUCUGUUUCCUGUCUGCAACUGGAAGUAACGUUCCAGUGACAUAAACCAACACAAAGCGGGAAAAAAGGAGGCUGGAUCCGUGCGGAGCUAAAGUCUGGGUGCGUUUGUUUUAUUCUCUUUAUUCCGGGGUGUGUUUGUUUUAGUCUCUUUACUCCGGGGUGCGUUUGUUAUAUCCUCCUCACUGUGGGGUGCGUUUGUUUUAUUCUCUUUAUUCUGGGGUGCGUUUGUUUUAUUCUCCUCACACUGUGGUGCGUUUGUAUUAUCCGCCUCACUGUGGGGUGCGUUUGUUUUAUUCUCCGGUGCGUUUGUUUUCUCCUUUUCAAUCCAGGGUGCGUUUGUUUUAUUCUUUUUAUUCUGGGGUGCGUGUGUAUUAUUCUCUUCACACUGGGGUGCGUUUGUUUUGUUCUCUUUAUUCUGGGGUGCAUUUGUUUUGUAGACAUGGUGGUGCAGCUGUGGAGCCUGUCCUUCCGGCAACCCUAUGCCGGCCUGGUUCUGGAUGGGGUGAAGACGGUGGAGAGCCGCUGGAGGCCCGUUCUGGCACCUCUGGAGAACCAGACCCUGGCGGUCCACGUGGCCCGGCGAGACUGGGAGGGGGAGGAGUGGCGGGCGGUGCUUGGUGGCCCUCUGGGGAUGAACCGGGUGCAGAUGGAGGCGCUGCUGGAGUCUGGGGAGCGGUGGGGCCGUGGCGUUGUGGCAGGAUUGGUGGACGUGGGCCAGACCUGGCUCUGCCCCGCCUCCCUGCAGGGGGAGGAGCUAAGCCGGCUGGAGCAAGCGGCCGUUCUGAUUGGUCUUCAGGAGAAACACCUGACUCACCUGUCGAACCCCCGCUGGUUGAAGGAGCCGCUGAGCGUGAGGGGUGGCGGCGACCUCUUCAGCGUGGAGAUCCCCGUCCACCUGUUACCAUGACGACCCGCAGACCACCUGUUACCUGAUGAGAAGCAGCUCAUUGAAAAAAUGAACCUAUCUGCCAUUCAGGACCGAGAGAUCUGCUGCUACUCUGUCUCCUGCAAAGAGAAAGACAACAUAGAUAUCACACUGCAGUUGCUCAUCCAGCAUUCAAAGUCACGGAGAAGCUGAAAGUGAAGCCCUGGUCGCAGCUCUGGCCUCAGCCCCUUAUGGUCAUGAGUCCUCGACAGUCAUCCCUUCCACUGCCUCUGUGAAGUAAUCCAGCUCUCUCUUCUCACUACCGUCGCCACCUGCACCACCCAGUACACUACCAUAGGUGUGUAGCCCCUGUACAGCACUACCACCACCCCAAACAAUCUGGAGUCUUGAAAAGUUGUCUCACUACUGUGCUAGAAGGUGGAUUGUCCAUACCUAUCAUGCCUUAUCGCUUGUCAUUACGGACACGCUCUGCGUACAUCAUGAAGUUUUUGUCUUUUUUUGCCUUUUUUUUUUUAAUGGUUUCCAGGAAUCUAAUGAUAUUGCGGUGUACUGUUCCCCAGCUACACUAGGAUGGAGCUCCUCUAAUCCCACAAUCAAACAUCUGUUCUGUUGCCUGUCAACAUUUGGUGUUUACGUGGCAUUGUGUGAUUGUAGUUUUUAAGCAGACCACCUGUUCUAUUAUCAUUGUUAUAACUAUUAUUGUUGUUGUUCUUCAGACAUCAGAAGGUAAACCAGGAAAUAAAAAAUGGCUGUUUCCACGGUAA